CAAACGAUAAGCAUCCACUCCUCCUGAUAAUAUUCUGUCGAGGCAUCCUGAACUCACAGUAAAUCCGUCGGCUCUACCAUUAAAAGUAAUUCCGACGCAUUUCGUUGUGGACAAAAGCGUGGUCAAAUAUUUAUCCGUGUUCCAAUCAUUUUCCGUUGCAUUUGGCCAGUGCGAACUAUUCAGCCGACAGGAAUGACCAUAUCAAAAAUACAGAUUUCUGGAGUGAGACUCGAUUGUGUCAUGCACUGUGAAUUAGCAUGAAUUUCGCAUCUUAUGCUCUCUGCAAACAACCGUGUAUCCACGCUGUUCCGCGGAAGCUGAUAUUCCGCAGGCAAUCAAACUUCUCUGAUAACGACAAACUCUUAUCUAUGCGUCAUCCCGUAUAAAUGCCUCACUUGCGAACGAAGAAGGUCUGCACUUCAUUUCUUAUCAUGUCUACUCAUCAAAACUACGAGAGGCUCAAAGAUCCAGAAUCAGACCUCAUCGAACCAAAGAAACGGCGAUGGGGCUUUGGUCUUGUGUCCCUUGUUGCUAUCGCCAUUAUUUCUGUCAUAUCUCUGCACAAUACAGACCUUUGGCGACUCCUUGGCGAGUCAGAGUUAUCCGUAUCAUCAGAUAUCGGAACUUUUGAGUCAGCGGCUCCCCUCAAGCAAUGCGCAUCUUCGCUUCCGCCUCCAGUUCACCCUCCUGCCCCGAUUAAUGUCUGGGCGUCCCUAACUGUUGCAGAGACCACAAGCAUUCAACGAUGGCUAGAGGCCCCAGAGAGGGGACUUAACUUGACAAGAGCCAGCGUUUCGACUUUCUCCGAUAAUGUCAUCUUCAUGAUCGAGUUAUAUUACCCUCCAAAGUCUGCAGCCCUCGCGUACUUGGCUUCUCCAGACGUGGUUUCUCCCCCGGAAAAAUUCGCUCGAGUUACCAUUCACUAUGGUGUGGAACCGGUUAUUAGGGAUUAUCUCGUUGGACCACUUCCUGUAGGUCCCGGAACAACGAUGAAACAACUCACAGAGAUCUAUCAUCGAGAGGACAUACCGUUCCAUGCCGGCGGUUAUGCUACCGGUUCCGAGCUCUCUCUCGUCGUUUCCCAAAUUGCGCCUUCUUUUGAAGACGCGCUAUGGGAACUUUUCAGAGGCGUGGCUCGUGGCUAUAAAAACGACACCUUGGUUGUGGGCGCAUCGGCGCCGUUUAGUUUUGAUGGAAGUUUCCGCCGUGUAUGGCUCAAUUGGAAGCUCAACACUCCAGGUCCAUGGUUACACCCGGUCAACUUCUUUCAGUACGUGGACAUCAGCGGGACGGACCCUUCUCUUUGGAAAGUUUUAAAGGUAGUCUAUAACCACCAAGUCUUCAAUUCAACAGAGUCUUUCAUGGAGGCAUUCCGGAAUGGCACCCUCGUGCGCGUUCCUGAGCGGCCUGAAAACAAGGAUCUGUCUUGGACCACGAGGAAACGCGUAGGCGAACAGCGCGAUCUUGAUCACCUUCCCGGACCUCGGUCGGUGUCCUUUGCGGGGCUACGAUUCCGCGUCGACAAAGCCCGCCAGUACAUCUCCUGGAUGGGAUGGAGCAUGUACCUUGGGUUUGAUCGGGACAUGGGUUUGAGCCUCUGGAAUAUCGCCUUUAAGGAAGAGAGGAUUAUUUAUCAGGCAUGUUGUCUCGCACCCCAAGAAGCAUUGGCACAGUACGGCGGUAACGACCCCAUGCAAACAACUACGGCAUGGCUCGAUCGCUACUUUGGCAUGGGUGGCUCCGUCAGAGAUAUGCUUCCAGGAUAUGACUGCCCUCACGAAGCCGUAUACCUUCCGAUGACGACCUACGCCAGCACGGGUAGUGUCGUCAGGAAGAGGGCUGUCUGCAUAUUUGAGCAAGACACGGGUAGACCGAUCACUCGUCACUCUGGAUACAUGCAAGGCGAAUUCGGUGCUGUUAAAGGUUACAUUCUUACGGUACGGAGCAUCAGCACGGUUGGAAAUUAUGAUUAUUCUACAUCUUCGGCGACUCAUCGUUUGGUAGUAUUUGAUUAUAUGUUCCAACUGGAUGGUAGCAUCGAGGUGCGGGUAUCCGCCUCCGGUUAUCUCCAAGGUGGAUAUUGGGAACCAAAACAGGAUGGAUAUGGCGGAAGGAUUCGUGAGACAACAAUGGGAAACCUCCAUGACCAUGUCAUCAAUUUCAAGAUUGACUUCGACAUAGGUGGUAUUGAGAACUCACUUUUGGAAACAACGACGAGCCAAGAAACUGUUACUCAGCCUUGGUUCGACGAUGACUGGGGACAGGAAGUCAUUCAGCAGAAAAUCACGAAGAAAAUCAUUGAGAACGAGAACGAUGCUCUGCUCAAAUAUCCGCAGAAUUUCCAGGGCGGUUAUUCCAUUGUCAAUCAGGAUAACCGAAACGCCUGGGGUCUUCCUCGUGGAUACGCGAUACAUCCGGGAUAUUCCCCCGUUCAUAACACGGUCGUCGGCUCGAAACGACUGCUUAACAAUGCCAAUUGGGCCAGAUACAACCUGGCAGUGUCUCAUCGUAAAGAAAGCGAGCCUUCAUCAAGCGCCAUCUGGAAUAUGAACCUUCCAGGAAAGCCCAUGGUAGAUUUCCACAACUUCUUCGACGGAGAAAAUAUCACGCAGACGGAUCUAGUAGCUUGGGUGAACGUCGGAACGCAUCAUCUUCCGGUUAGUGAAGAUUCACCCAACACCAAGACCAACGUCGCGGCCUCCAGCUUCCUCUUGUCGCCAUGGAAUUACUUCGACUCGGACCCUUCCAUGGAGUUGAGCAACGCUAUCUUGCUGAAAAUUCCCGAAAAGCCAGGAGAGCCCUUCGGGUAUGAUGACUAUGGCGUUAAGCAGGAAUAUACCUGCGUUCCGGAGGUCCCGAGUCCUUUCGAGUACUCGUUUGUGGACGUCUUUGAUGCCGACGGACAACUUCAAGCCCCUAGCCUUGAAGAGCUGAGGAAGAAUGCGGAAUGGCACCAUCGCAUAAAGGUAGAGCUAUAGAUGUGCUAUUUAGCAUGUAUAUACACAGAAGUACAAUCAAAGAAUCAAAUCUCUG